AUGAAUACUUUGAAUGAAAUUGUGACUUAUGCACAGGAGAAAGUAGAUAUGUACAGACAUCAACGGAUUGAUACAAUUUUGAGUGAUGAUGAUAUUAUGUUUAAAUAUCGUUUAGCAUUUAAAGCAUUGACUAAACGCACUGUGGACACACCACGACAUAGAGCUAAAGCGUUUCAAACUGUCCUUAAAAUGGGAACUGUUAUUAAUAAAAAGUUGCCUCAAAGACAAAUGGUAUCAAAAGUUAAAGAAUUUCAAAUAGAAGAUGAGACAGAAGAUAAUGCAGAAAUAGCUGAUGAUGAGACUGAAUUAUUAAAUGAGACAGAAGGUAAUGCAGAAGUAGCUGAUGAUGAGACUGAAUUAUUAAAUGAUCCGAUAGAAGAGAUAAAAAAUGAUAUGUUAGAAGGUCAACGGAAAGCAAUGUUGACUCAAGUGACUAAUGCUGAAAACGAUGGUUAUUACGAACAAUAUACCAUCUAUCCCUUAUAUGAAAAGAAAGCAAAUAAAACUGCGACAGUUUUAUAUCAAAUGUUAAAAAUUCAUGACUUGCCUCUGAACAAUCGUGAGCAACAUUUAGAUUUAAUGUGUUUUCCAGAUUUAUAUUCUUCUGGUAUUAAUGGACAACCUGCAGAAUACCUAGACGCAAUGUCGAAAGAAUUGUUGGAAUCUAAUUUGAGUACAAUAUUUGCCACACUUCGAAAUACGGAGCAAUAUUGGUGUAAACCGAGAAAUGAUUUAAAUUGUAUGACGCAGCAUUAUGGACCUGCGACAUGGUUUUUAACACUCAGUCCAAGUGAGUGGUUGUGGGAAGAUUUAGGUGAAUAUAUUCGUGAAGUAAAUGAAUGGCAUGACGCUUCCUUAAGCGUUAGCGCACUCGUUGUUAGAGAUCCAGUAUCAACAUCCAGGUUUCUCGAUAAUAAGUUUCGGGCAAUGCUUGACUUUAUUAGAUCUAAAGAUCAUCCAAUUGGAGAAGUAACGCACUAUUUCUGGCGACGAGAAUAUCAAGGUAGAGGACGUAAAGUUAUUCGUCGAUGUCGUUUUGGAUUUCCUCGUCCCGUUACUGAAACUUUGAAUAUCAGGGAUGUGGCAACUUCGAUAGCCGGUAGAAAACAAUUGAAACAUAAAAGUAGACUUUACGAUCUUCCUCGAACAGAUAAUGAAGGUAACAUAAAUGACUAUAAUCCUGUUCUUCUUACUGCAUGGGAAGGUAAUAUGGAUAUACAAUUUAUUGGUGAAAAAUCAUCGCUGCUAACCUGUAAGGAUAACAAAAACAAAUCAUUAGCGAGUCAUCUUUGGAAUAUUGCUUUGCGAUUUACGAAUAAUAGAGAAUGUGGAGCUCUCGAAGCUGCUGAUACAUUGUUAGGUAUUCCUUUGUAUGGAACUGAUCGAAAUACAACCAUCAGAUGGUUAGAUCCUGAAAAUUAUUUCUUUGCGUUAUUGCUUAUGUUUAAACCAUGGCGAAAAUUAGAGGAUCUUAAAAAUGAAUGCGAUACUUAUACCGAAUCGUUUCACAAAGUAAAACUGCAUCUUGUAGAAGCAUUGCAAUAUCAUGAAAAAUUAGAAGAAUUGCAAAAAGCAUUUGAAACUGCAAAACAGUUAGUUCAGCAAUGUUUAGAUGACGAUUUGAAAAAAGAGCAGUCUCAGGAUGAUCCUGAAAAUGCAAUAGGUAUUCAAAAUAUAGAGGCUGGUGAAGCAAUGCAAGAUUUUAAAGAUCUUGGUGAUAGAGCAAUUCAAGAAAUUGAUGUAUCUGACAUGAUAGUGAAAUUAAAUACGGAUCAAAAACGAGUAUUUGAUAAAGUUACCAAUGCUGUAGAGUCCGAUAAAUCAAUAUUACGAUUAUAUGUUAGCGGAGAAGGUGGUACUGGAAAAAGUUUCUUAAUCAAGACUAUUAAAUGCUGGAUAAAACAAAAUAUCAACAAAGAUACUGCUGUAACAGCACCUACUGGUAUAGCAGCAUUUAAUAUAGAUGGUUUGACAAUUCAUAGAUUGCUUCAAUUACCUGUUGAACAUGGUCAAACUCAUAAGUAUAAACAAUUAUCUGAUUGUGUAUUAAAAGUUUUACGAACAGAUCUUAAAGAUGUUAUUCUUUUCGUAAUUGAUGAAGUGUCAAUGAUAUCUAAUUUGACUUUAAUAUAUAUUCAUCUUAGAUUAUCUGAGAUAUUUGAUACUAGUGAUUGCGAUGAUGGUUGGUUUGGUCGAAAGCAUAUUCUUUUAUUCGGAGACUUGCUUCAAUUGCCUCCUGUACGCGAAGAUCUUAUCUUUACACAUUUAUCCGAUAAAAAAAUUGCUAAUUAUCUUGGUUCUUUAAAUGCUGUUAAUUUAUGGAUUACAUUAUUUGAAUAUGAUGAAUUGAUAAUCAAUAUGCGUCAGCAAGGAGAUAAUUCAUACCGUGAAUUAUUGUCGCGAAUUCGUAUUGGUUUAGUGACAAAAUCUGAUUGUAAAAUUCUAGAGAGUAGAAAAAUAUUUUUCAAAGCUGAUUCUUUCGAAUCUAGAUUAAAUGAAUUAUGUGAUUUUAUUAACAGUUUAUCAUCGGACACUGUUUGUUUAUUUCCUACUUGUAAUAUGUGUGAUGUCCUUAAUAAUGCAAUGUUAAGUCGCAUUACUUCCAAAGAAAUAUUAUUAAUUGCUGAAGAUACGAUUGAUUGUACAACAUAUGUAAAAAAGAAAGUAUUAAAAGUAUUGUCAAAUAACGAUGAUGAUAGUUCUCGAACAGCUGGACUUUCAAAACAAAUUACAAUUAAAAUUGGAGCAAAAGUUAUGAUUCGGCGUAACAUCGAUGCCAGUUUGGGUCUUGUAAACGGUACAAUUGCUAAAGUAAUUUCAAUUGUACGAGAAACAUCUACUGAUGACGUAGAAAAGAUUAAACUUCUUUUACCAUCAGGUUUAGAAUAUGAAAUUGAAAGAGUAACGGCUAAAUUUCAGGUAUUGGAUAGAGCGUAUGUGAUUCGAAAACAAUUUCCAUUAUCUUUAAGUUAUGGCAUCACUAUUCAUAAAAGCCAAGGAUUAAGUUUGCAAAGUGUUGUUAUGGAUAUUGGCAACUCUGUAUUUAGUUGUGGUCAAAUUUAUGUUGCCUUGUCGCGAGUAACAUCUCUAGAAGGAGUGAAUUUAAUAAACUUUGAUCCUUCAGCAGUAAUAGCUAACGAAAAAGCUAUUAUUGAAUAUAAUCGUUUAAAACAGAUAUACAAUCCGAAAGCAGAAAUGAUUGCUGUGUCAAAAGAACGUUGUCGUAAAGUAAAAGAUGUUCCAUGGGCGUUACCAAAAAUAGUUACUUCUGUUCAAAAAUCAAAUUCAGAUCGAAAAAUUCAACAUAUGGUUUCAAAUAAAAGAAUUCAAAGCACUGCUUGGAUCAUACGUGGUUUUCAGAAUACAGACAAGAUUUCAUGUUAUGCAAAUACAGUAUUGCAAUGUUUAUUACAUUUAAAUAUUAUUAGGCAGCAGUUGAUUAAUUGCGAUAAAACAGACAUUUUACGGAUUAAAGGCGCUUUUGAGGAGCGUACCCAAACCUUACAAAUUUCUUACAAUCUUCACUUAUAG